CAUCCGCGGCUCCGCCCCGCCGCCGGCGGAAGCGCUCGGCUCUCGUUCCCCGGGAGCGGCGGGGCCGGAGCUGUCGAUAGGGAUGUGGGGCUGAGCCGCCAUGGUGCCGUGCGGGGCCGUGCUGUGGCGGCGGCUGCUGAGGAAGCGUUGGGUGCUCGGUGUUGUCUUCGGGCUGUCCCUGGUGUAUUUCCUCAGCAGCACCUUCAAGCAGGAAGAGCGGACGGUGAGAGACCGGAACCUCCUUCAGGUGCAGGAGCACGAGCAGCCCAUCCUAUGGAAGGAGCAGUUCAGCUCGGGGAACAGCAGCCACCUGAGCAACCAGUGCCGGAAUUCCGUGCAGGGGAAGCUGCUCAUCACGGACGAACUGGGCUACAUCUGUGAGAGGAAGGACUUGCUGGUCAAUGGCUGUUGUAAUGUCAACGUGCCCAAUACGAAGCUAUACAGCUGUGACAGCUGCCUUCCCAAUGGCUGCUGCAGUGUGUAUGAGUACUGUGUGUCCUGCUGCCUGCAGCCCAACAAGCAACAUCUUCUGGAACGUUUCUUGAACCGGGCAGCCAUGGCUUUCCAAAACCUCUUCAUGGCAGUGGAAGAUCGUUUCGAGCUGUGUCUGGCGAAAUGUAGGACUUCAUCACAGAGCGUGCAGCAUGAGAACACCUAUAGAGAUCCAAUUGCUAAGUACUGCUAUGGUGAAUAUCCCCCGGAGCUGUUGCCUGUUUGAAAGCUGCAGGAUCUGAGCAGCAAGGCGAAGGAACUGGAGACUAGAAUCCAAAAGAGCAAGACAACAGCUGCCGCUUUACAAGAGCCUCAGUGUAAAUGGUUUAUGGUGUUUUUGGUGUCAAACCAAGGCCUGCAAGGAGUGAGCAAGAGACUUAAGUUCUGCGGGAUUGAAUCUUGCUUCCUUCAGCUGAUGUUGUGCACCUGCUUUGGGGCACCAGAAGGGCAUUCUUUGAAUCAUUCUUCUACAAUAGCUUGUGUUUUAGGAUGCAUGGAGUGGAUCUAGCCUGUAAAAUAUCAUAUGACAACAGUCUAAUGUAGCUUUGCAGCUGUACCUGUAGGCUCAGUGGUCACUGCAGUCCGGAGGCUUCCCAGAAUGGCAGUAAUAAUGACAGAACCUUUGCUUAUAGGGAGUAAAGCGUUGCCUGUUGUUUCUCUGGAGUACUAUCCCGGUGUGCAUGGCGUACUCUACAUCUGUAAUUAUGAAUUAUUUAUUCAGUUUAUAUGGAUUUCCAGCUGGAAGUAUUGAUGCUUUGCAUAGCUAGUUGUUGAUGCCUUUCAGCCCCUGUUUCUUUGUGUCACAUAAAAAGGAUAUUUUGCAUCCUGACUAAAACUGAUCAGUGUUUUUCCCUCCUUAGUCUAAAGGAUUUGUAUUGGCUUUCAUGGCUAUAGUGCUUAUAUUCCUCGCGGUGAGUUUAAAGCAUUUGGAACUCCAAUGGAGUUGUUAUCUGCCAAAGUCCCCAAGCAUGAGAGAAGAGCAGAGAUCUCCCUGUGGUGGGACCUUUAUUGUCUGUAAGUGCUUCCCUUAGUUCUCUGCAGCAGUUUCCUUGAGGAGGAGCGUUAGCCUUGCAAGCAGCUCUGUCUGUCCACUUGCUGACAGGAAGCAAAGAAGGUUUAUUUGCUUGAACUUGUUCAGGACUCAGUAAUUCAAUUGUGUUCCACUUCUGGUUGUUCAGGAGGCAAAAGGGUGGAGUUCUUCCAGGAUUCUUGCCUCAUUACAGCCUUGUUCAUGAAGUAAAUAUGCUAGAAUGUUAGAAUAUGGUGCAGGCCCUUCUGUGGGGCAGCCAUGUUGCGUGAGCUCGGUUAAACCAUCAGGGUGUUUUACUUUGCUGUUUGACAUGCUGCUCUGAAGUUUCAGCCUUCUGAAUGGCAGUAGAACAGGGCUGGUUUUUUCUGCAACUGACUCCUUAAUAAGGCUGCUCAACACAGGGGAGAUGGGUAGAGACCAUGUAAGAUAUGUGCGCCACUUGUCACUAUGUGAAGGCCAAGCACCAGACAAAACUGGGCUGUUUUUGCUAUGCAAAGCCUCAUUUCCCCUGUUUUUACCCCAGCCAUCUCUGUGCAGCAAGGCUACUUCAAUGAUUCCGACUUGGCAUAUGCAUGUUUAAACUGUUGCUUCCUAUUCCCAGAAUGCAAGAAAAAAACAAUCUACAGAGGCUUUGUUUAAAAAUAAACAGGCACGGCGGUGAAGUGUCCUGGUGCCAAAGAUCUCUGUACAACGCUACAGCAAAAUAUCUUAUGUUUCCAGUUAAAAUUCCAUGCGAUAUAAACGAGUAGUAUUACCAACUGCCUGAUAAAAUCCACCUGCACUGUUUUCAUUGUUCUUUCCCAGAACUCAUCGGGUGAGAUAUUGAUUCUGUCAGCAGAUUCUUCUGAAAGUCUUGUUUCUCCCAAAGCUGUAGCGUGAGCAGUUUAUCUGGAUGGAAACGUCUUCCCUUUGCUGCCAUCCUAUGGCAAGUCGCUGCAGCAGGCGUGAUGCAGGGUGAAGGUGCAAUAUGAAAUGCUGUCUUAAGAGGGUAGCAGAGGUUUCUUGCUUCUCUUUUCAGUGUUAAACAGAUUGUUCACCUCCCUUCCACACUUAGUAAGGGGAGGUCAUGUGGUUGGUCUUGUUAUAUCACUCCUAGUGGGAUGUAUUAUACGUGUCACGUUGCUACACAAAGAUUGAGGUACUGAUGGCUUACCCUGAAUUUCUUUUCCAACUUGGUAUUUAUUCUUCUGCUGGUGAUAUCUCUGCAAUUGUGAGGAAUCAUAAGAACCAACUUCAUGUGAUAGUGGGAUGCAAUAGUGGGAGUUCCUGCUCCCUCUCAGAGGAGUGUUCAGCAGUGUGUUGUGAUCGCUGCCCAUUCACCGUGGCAGAGGGUGCGUCUUCCUUCCCUGUUUGUUAGCCUGUUCAAAUUGUCUCUAUUGUGUGUUAAAUCAUUAAAAAUGUAUCUAUGUUCCAAAA